GCUGCUUGUGUGGUGAUCGUCUGCUGCUGGGCCACUUGUGGUGAAGCCAAUCCCGUCUGGGCAGAAAAUGAAAAUCAGCUGGACCGGAACGAAGUUGUGUUUGAAGCCGGGGAACCGUUAACCGAUGAAGAAUUCAAUAGCGGUGUCCAGGGCAAAGCAGUUUUUAUAGACAACCACGGCACACAACCGUGGGAAAAACAACCAGGCAGUGGACUGCUGGGCGGCGACGGACUACCGGGAAACACGAAAAACGCCAAUAAAAAUACGGAUAUGAAAUGGCCGAAUGCGGAAGUUCCCUACGUCAUCUCCAGAAGUUUUUCGCCGGAAGAUCGUCGAGUCAUCGGAUCCGCUAUGGCAACGUACCAUCAAAGGACUUGCAUCCGUUUCGUGCCACGUCGUACCCAAAGCGACUACAUCAAAAUUAUUAAAAGCCAAGAAUCGAUUAACGGAUGGGCAAACAAUCCCGGGUGCUGGGCGCAAAAGGGAAGAGUUGGAGGCGCACAGGAAUUAAGUCUCGACGAUGGAUGUGUUCACGUAGCGACCAUCGUUCACGAACUGAUGCACGCUGUCGGAUUUGAUCACGAACAAGAGCGGCCUGACCAAGAGAAUUACAUCACCGUGAAUUUCGACAACAUUGAACCGAGAAAUCAUCAAUGGUUCACCCCGAAGCCGGCAGAUGAAGUUAACUCUCUCGGACGCUACGAUUUGAAUUCCGUCAUGCAUUACAGUGCAUACGCGUUCGCUGUUGAUUCCUCCAGGCCGACUAUAGAAGCCAAGGAUGGGAGAUCGACAUUGGGAAAUUCGAGGGGACUGACUUCGACGGACGUCCGAAAAUUGAAGGCGUUGUACUGCGGUUACUAA